AUGGCUUCCGGCACCUCGGCGGCGGCGUUGCUCCUCCCUGUACUUGUCUUGGUGCUCUUCGCCGCCGCUAGUGCACGACGAGCUGACGACGGCGCCAUCGAAUUCUCGCCGCCGAGAGCGCGCCGUGCUGGCCCGGUGCCCGUUGAUGGAGUAGUCCGGACGGAGAAGGAGAACUGCCAGCUGAUUCGGGUGCCGAGCCUCGUGGACGCGUGCCGCAGUGCCCCCGGCCUCCCCGCCUGCGCGGCGCAGUGCGUCGUCUACCACUACCGCGGCGGGUACUGCGACAUGCUGCCCCACGGCAGGCCCGGCGACUGCUACUGCACCAACUGCCUAGUCACCACCCAGGCGUAA